CCACUCUCCACCAGCGACCCGUCUGUCUGCCAUGGCCUCUUCCAGCCCCGUCGUCCUCUCGGGCAUGCUCAACCUGUCCCGCACGAACCGCAAGUAUGUCGUCCUCGCGCAACCCCGAACCCCCGGCGAUGUCGAAGCCGUCUACAACCACGUCUUUGGAGCCCACGGCGGCAAGCUGCACGAGCUGACAACGGUCGACAGCUCCGUCGCCUCGACGCUCGGCAACCUGACCCUGGCGGCGGUGGAGAACACCCCGCUGCUGAUCAUGCUCACCUCCCGCUUUGGCGACUCGAGCCCGGUGUUCAUUCCCCUGACCUCGAUCGACGCCCUCAAGGACGAGGUCGAGCUCCAGCAGGCCUGCACCUUUGCGAUCGAGCUCACCGGCAACAAGGGCAGCAUUGUCCUCCGGGCCGACUCGAGCACGCUCUACAACGAGUGGUUCAACCACAUGGUCUUUUUCUUGGAGCAGGCUUGGGAGCUCCAAGGCCAGUCGGACGACCUCUAUCUGGCCUCCAAGAACGGCAGACGCUUGUCGCGGGUCAUCAGCUGGCGACCUCCUCCGGCCAAGCCGGCCCCUGCGUCGGCCGCCGUCUGAGUGCCCUUCUCGCCUUCUACUUUCUCGGUCUCUUUCACUCUGUCAUUCCCUUUUGGUCCCCUUGUCUGGCACUGUUCGGUGGGCUGUGGUCUGCCAGCACCAUUCGGGUAGUCCACACUUUACACAUGAGCACUUGCCCAAAUGUCGGUGUAGUAUGCGUCUAACCAAGUCACUAGCAAUAAAACAGAUCACGUUGGAAGCCUCCGAGUGAAGACCUUGGGUCGCUCUCCGGUCUCCACAAUCGGCAUGCACACUGGUCUCGGAGUGCCAGCGGUGAAUGGUGCUCUUGGAGACACUGAAUAUGG